CAUUUGGUGCGCUGUUGGUAGUGGUGUGAGUUGACAUUUCGAGCAUCCUCCAAAAUAAUCCCAUGCUUUUUUCGUAAAAAAAGUGAGCAAAAUUACAGUUUUUGUGAUAUUAGCGUGAAUUGUAUUAAUUUCCGGUGAUAAAAAUGCCACGAGGUAAAUUUACGAACCACAAGGGCCGUAAUCGCCGGUUUACCAACCCGGAAGAGCUCGAAGAGGAGAGAAGACGCGAGGAGCAGAAGAAGAAGUGGAGGCACCAGCAGGGCGACGACACGUCGAGCAGCGAAGACGAAGCAUCUGGUGAUAAAAAAAUAAGCGAGGAGGAAUCUGAUGACAGCGAAGAGAGCAGCGAUGAAGGAGAGGUUAAGGCCAAAGGCGUCUCCAACCUCAUAGAAAUCGAAAACCCCAACAGGGUGCAAAAGAAGAGCAAAAAAUUAGCGACUCUAAACACGGAAGUAGACAGUAAGCCCCAAUUGUCGCGCCGAGAGCGCGAGGAAAUCGAGCGGCAAAAGGCGCAAGCCCAUUAUCAGAAAUUACACGCUGAAGGCAAAACCGAACAAGCCAGAGCUGAUCUGGCCAGGUUAGCAAUUAUUAAACAACAACGAGAAGAAGCGAAAAAGCGGAGAGAGGCCGAACAGAAAGAGAAAGAAGAUGCGGCGAAACUCAAGUCAGCUCAGACCCAAAAAGCGUUGGGGAGAAAGUAGACAACUAAUUUUUCAUCAAGGAAUUUACUAUUUUCACUGUUCAUGUAAUAAUUCUUUUAUAGCAAUUAAAUUCUACUAAGUUUGAAA